AUGACACUUUCUAACAAUAACACAGGGAAGGAACAUCUUAAUAGUUCAACUCCUCCGCAGCCUUAUGUUAUAAAUGGUCAACAACAGCCACAAGUCCCACUACAACCUCAGUCACAGCACUUGAAAUAUAAUUAUAAUAAUGCAAAUUACAAUAAAAAUAACAAUAAUGGUUUAGCCAAUAAUCAUCAUGGGCUUUUAUCGCUGCAUGACUCGUUAUCAUCUUUAUACCAACCAUUUGGCAUAGAUGUUUCUCAUUUUCCAUUAACCAAUCCACCUAUUUUCCAAACUGGUAUGUUUGAGGAUGUAAGUAGAAAGGCAUAUGUUAAUGGUUCUAAUGCUGCCAUAAAGGGAGAGUUUAGCACUGCUGCUACUCGACAAUAUAAUAGUCCUGUUGCAAAUGCAGGUACACUUGCAUCUGAUAACGUGCAAUCUGGAAGUAAUAGUCUUGAAGGCAGCGAGGUUGUUAAUUUAGAUAACAAUAACAAUAUUACACCUACCUCCAUAGAAGGAAAUUCUUCAAAUAUUUUUAAGAAAGAAGAACAGGAUGAUAUCAACAUCCUUUAUAAUAUCAACAAUCUGGGCGCUGGUAAUACUAACAAUAAUACGAAUUCUAAUGAGCCUAAAUCCUCCGAAACUGAUAUCGAUAAAAGGUUUCCUUCGCUUAAUAGAUACCCUUUUCAGCGUAGAAUUAGUAUAUCUAAUGGUCAAAUAGGACAGUUGGGUGAAAAUCCAGAAUUAGUCGAUGAAUUAUACUACUUACAACCACCACCUUUACCGUCUCUAUAUCACGAUAAUACUGGUUAUACUAAUGCACAUGAUAAUAACAAUAAUACUAAUAAUGCUUCGUCAGUACAGAGAAGUGGUAGUAAUGUACCAUCUAUUUCAAACCGCAAUGGUGAGGUUGGCGUAUACACCAAUAUUAAUGGUAUCACAACUCAUGCUGAUGAUGGCGGUGCCCUUUCUAGCAUAAAUGGGAAUACUGUUAGUAAUAAUACUGAGACAUUUGAUAUUAAUAGUAAUACACCCAGUAAUAGUAGGGCAAAGACGUCUAAUAAUAAUAACACUAAUGAUAAUAAUAAUAAUACUGCACAUAAGUUAUCUGGCAUUGGAAGAAGAUCACAUCCUCCUUCUUCCGACUUAAUACCCGGUACUCCGGACUGGAAAAGAGCCAGAUUGUUGGAAAGGAAUAGAAUUGCUGCUAACAAAUGUAGACAGAGAAAAAAAGUACAACAGGAACAGUUUAUGAGGGACUAUGAAAGACUUAAAUAUGAGAAUAAAGAAUUGAAGAAAAGAAUUGAAGUUUUAGAUAACAUAAUCAAAGGUUUAUCAAAAAAUUAG